CAAUAUCGUGUAGAAUUGUUUGUGAAGAAUCUAGGGAUGUAUAUAGCCAUAAAACCGUGAAAUUACUCCAGCAACAGCAGGGAAUAUGGGAAUUACACUGUGUAAAACAGAUACAAUAAUUGAAAAGAAUCGCUUGUUUAUCUGCCAUGUAGGACGCAAAUUAGACAUGUUUGAAGGAUGAGGCGCGUUUGAUAUCCCACGAUGAGCCACCCGGCAAGAGCAGCUUGUUACUAUUACAUGUACAUUACGAGAAUCAGGGAAACGGAUUUAACUAUCGAGUCAAAGUUUUUUUCUAGAAAAAGCAAAGGAAAAAACAAAAGACCCGACUAUAGAUGUUCUUUCAAGCGGGAUUUGGAAACGUGCUAUUUCACACGCUCAGUUAAGGUGCAGAACACACUCUCGUGUUUGUUGUCAAGACAAAGUUGACGUUACCAUCCGACCAGGUCGAUUCAAAUGGAUUUUGAAAUAUUUAGGAGCCAUUAGGCGUAUUUCUAAGUGCAGAUCAAAAUCCAAUCGCAGGACUCACCGGCAUGGUACAUUAUGGAAAUUACCUGCGCAUAGAUAUAUAUAUAAGUUGGUAUUCCGCGUUCACAACACUUAGCAUCGGCAGACAGUGCUUGCAAUUAUCAGUCUGUGAUGUCCCAACACAUUGUGAUCGGUUGUUGGUUUCACAUGUGUAACUGAAUAUGGGCAAUAGAAGCAACAGUUAUAACACGGGCCUUGAAGAAGAAAGAAACAAAAUUGACGGUUUCGUGAAUAAUUAUACUAGAGGCUUUUUCAACGUUACAAUAAGUUCCAAUAGCACUGAAUACCAUGAUGGCGAGCGAAAUGACGAUAAGGUUUCGACAGAAGGGCUUAUCCUCGUCUCUCUCAUCCUCUGGAUUUUCAUCCUCAUUGGCAUCGCGGGAAACCUCAUGGUCAUCUACGGCGUGUUGUCGGAUAGGAAGAUGCGAGCGUCCGUUACCAACUUAUUCAUCAUUAAUCUGGCUGUGGCAGACUUCAUCAUCUUGGCCUUGGGCAUACCGGACACGGUCCUGUUCAGCAUUGACCAGGGGUAUCUCCUUGGCGUGGUUGCCUGCAAGGGGUUAAGAUACGGUAUAGUACUCAGCUGGUAUGCUUCAGUGAUGAACCAGAUCGCUCUCUGCAUUGAAAGGUACAUUGCCAUAGUUCAUCCCCUAAAAGCCAAUAUACUGUGCAACCGACGUAACACCUUGAUUGGAAUCGCCUGUAUUUGGCCAUUGUCAGCUGCAUUCGCAAUUCCCAUUCCCAUUUUUAACGUCAUUGGCACCCCUCCUAACGCAACUGAUGCGAAAUGUGCUACAAGGUUCCCGGGCAAUCAUGGCAGCAUUUUUUCUGCCUGGAAGUAUGCGGAAAUGACAUUGUGGUACAUUGUGCCGAUGGUGAUUCUUAUUGUGCUGUACACUAUAGUAGGGCAUAGGCUUUUUGCUGGGGCGGAGGAACUUCAUGGCGGCCGAAAAGACAAAGGGGAGUCGGAUGCACUGAAAGCAAGACGAGGGGUCAUUAAGAUGCUGGUUGCUAGCGUAGUGCUCUACUUAAUCAGUUAUUCUCCUAUACAGGGGAUGUUAAUUUAUACUACAUUUCGACCGUUUCCCCUUCACAAGAGGUGGAUGUGGCACGCCUUCGUGAUCAGCCUGGUCUACGUCAACUCAGCUGCGAAUCCCAUCCUCUACUCUAUCUUCAGUCAAAAUUUUCGUCGCCGAUUCCAGCGCAUGGUUUGUUUCUGCAGCACGAAGUACAGAGCGGCGCGCUCUCUCAGCACUGCGGGGUCGUCCUGUUCUCAGACCGUUGGCCAAUGUCCUUCAAACGCAACCAAGUACAGCCUGGUGCAUUUGAACAGGGGUCAUUCCGAAGCUUAGAUGCGGCGA